CGUUUAGGUUCGUCACGUAACGCUCGUUACAGAAAAGAAGUCGGCCAUAGUCGGGGCAUGCACUGCGGCGAACAUGGCAAACUGUUGUCUAAUUUUCACAGGGUUUCUCGCGAUCUUGGUCGCCAUUAUCGUUGGCAUGUACUUCAAUCGAACUAUACCAGAAGGAAUGCCUAACGAUCAGUUAACCGGUCUGCGAGUGCUGAGUGUCGCCUCGGAUAUCGUUCAAUUUCUGGGCUAUACAGCUUCACUGUUUAGGAUUGGUGACUCACCAAUGGAAAAUGAGAAAACAAUGCAGGGCUGGGCAAUUGCACUGAAAACUGCCACUAAAAAAGAUCAUGAUCAUGAAAGGUUCUUGGAAAUCAGAGAUGAAAAGAUAGCCAACAUUCCUGUUCGUAUUUACAAACCAAAGAAAAUUGAUGCAGGCAAGAAAUCAACUGGGCUUGUUUUUCUGCACGGUGGUGGAUGGACUAUUGGAACUGUUGAGCGACUGGCAAGUGAGAGACUCGAACGUAUUUUCAAGACUGAAGGCCUUUCUGGGAUGAGAUUAGUACCGGAAACCGGAUAUUACGAUUUUAAGCGACGUCGGCGUGAGUUGAUAGAAGAGGUGACUAAAAAAGUUGAGCCUAUACAGAUAUUUGAUAAAGAAGGCAAACUUCUACGUGAAUAUUCCCCGACUGAGGCUACCUUCGGAGACAGUAAAAACAUAUUUCCUUCAAAGAGACAUGAAAGGAAAGAUAUAUCAGUAAAGGUUUGCCAGUCUUAUGUCAAAGGAAAAGAUACUCAAGAGGAACGGCAGGAAAGUAAACGACUUGUUGAUGAACGUAGAUGGGCAGAGUCGGGCAGUGAGUGUGCCACUGCGAGUGAUUUUUUCAGCAUUGGCACAGGUUCAGGGUUUAUUCUUCAUAACCAUUUUAUAGUUACCAGUGGGAGUGUACUCAAAACCUAUGAUGAGGCGGAGAGUCAUCAGAUCCGUAUUUCUAAUGCAGUAAUUGGUAAAUUACCUUGUAAGGUCGCAUACCAAGAUGUGGCUAAAGAUUUGGCUUUACUUUAUUGUCCAGAUCUUAAUUUAGAGCGAAGUGGAAUUCGUCCGUUGCAUUUGUCCAGCCAGUCAUUGUUACCAGGCAUGCCAAUAUUUUCUUUUGGCUAUCCCAUGGGUCACGCAGGAGAUACAGCUCUUUUUGUGACUGGUGAUGUAUCCAAAAUAAGCUCGUCAAUGAUGUCUUUAAAUUGCCCACUCAACUCUGGCAAUUCAGGUGGUCCAGUGAUAAGUCGGAUCAACAACGGUCAGUUAAAAGUGCUACAGCUGACAUUGUUAUCGUUUGAUAUUUUCAGGUACAGAUUGGCACCCAAGUACACCUUCCCUGCCCAAUUCCAUGACUGCUAUGCUGUUGUUAAGACCUUGCUAGCCACCGGUGAUAAGUAUGGUAUUGAUACUAGCCGCCUUGUUGUUUCCGGGGAUAGUGCUGGUGGUAACCUAGCAGCAGCUGUAGCUCUUAAGCUUCGCGAUGAAGGGAAACAACAACUGGCUGCUCAGAUUCUUAUAUACCCCCCACUACAGUUCAUGGACUUUUCACUCCCUUCCUAUAAAAAGCUAAGCACUUCAUUUCUAACAACGUACAAAAUGGCAAGUUACUGGUCCUACUACAUGACAGGAACUCCAGACAUGGUUUCUUCAUUUUUGGCACACAGUCAUUCAAAGCAUCUUCAGAACACAAAGUACUCUUCUUACAUCGGAGUUGAGGAGAAGGGGCAGCGCAAACCUCAGAUAAAGCCACUGGAUGGAAUUCCCGAGGUUGUUUUGGAUGCUCUUACUGAUUACAGAGCAAGCCCUUUGAUGGCAGAUAAUUUGAAGGGGCUGCCCAAAACUUUACUGAUGUCAUGUGAAUUUGAUAUUCUUAAAGAUGAAAAUGUUUUGUAUAAGGCACGUUUACAAGAUGCGGGAGUUAAAGUGACACACUACAAUUACAUGACGUAUCACGCCUUUAUGUUUGUUCAGAAUGACCCUAUGUUUACGACAGAAGAGUUUAAUCAAAUGUUUCGAGAUUUAGUUGAUUAUCUGAAAGAGUUGUAGGACAGUGGUGUAAUGGACAAUUCCUUCUAUUAGAUGCACCUGCAGAGAAUCAUUUUAGUUGUAUUCAUCAUCUUAGACUGGAUAUUACUGUUUUGAUGAAUACAAGGUCUACCAUGAUUCCUGAUUCCCUGCAGGUGAGUUUCAUAGAGAGAACUGGUCAAUACAUUUUGCUAAAAUUUCUAGAGAAAUGUGUACUUAUGCAUCAGUACUACGGUGGCCAGCAUGUGGUUUUCACCUCAUAUCAAGGUCCUUCCAAUUUGGCUGAAUGGCGGGGUUGGUUCAGUGGCCUA